AUGGCCGAAACUUCAAUAUGUUCCAACUGGAUAACUUCGCCAGCAUUAUUGACUCGUCCCCAGUUCAAUCUGAGCGCGCGGAACAGUACUGGAGAACAGCAGAGACGGCGGAAAUUCAGAAUUUGUGCAGCAAAAUCUGGGGGAUUCUCACCUAAAACUGCCACAAAAAGUUGUCAAACGUGUGGCGGCAAAGGUGCUAUAGAGUGUCCUGGAUGUAAGGGAACAGGGAAGAAUAAAAAGAAUGGGAAUAUCUUCGAGCGUUGGAAAUGUUUUGAUUGUCAAGGAUUUGGAUUAAAAAGCUGUCCCAAAUGUGGAAAGGGAGGGUUGACACCAGAACAAAGAGGAGAAAGAUAA